AUUUCCCAAAGGCCAAUCCAUCGUCUUCCCUUCCGAUCAAAAUUUUCCCAGAUUCAACCGAAAACAUGUCUCGCCGAUCACUAACCCUCCUCAAAAACCUCUCCAACGGGUCAAGAACCCAGACCCGAUCCGUGACCUACAUGCCCCGACCCGGCGACGGAGCCCCACGCGCCGUGACACUAAUCCCAGGAGACGGGAUCGGCCCACUCGUGACGAACGCCGUCGAGCAGGUGAUGGAAGCGAUGCACGCGCCUGUCUACUUCGAGAAGUACGACGUGCAGGGGGAGAUGAGCCGGGUCCCAGCGGAGGUGAUGGAGUCGAUAAGGAAGAACAAGGUGUGCCUGAAGGGAGGGCUGAAGACGCCAGUGGGAGGAGGGGUGAGCUCGCUGAACGUGCAGCUGAGGAAGGAGCUCGACCUCUUCGCGUCGCUCGUGAACUGCUUCAACCUGCCCGGGCUGCCGACGAGGCACGAGAACGUGGAUAUCGUGGUGAUUAGGGAGAAUACUGAGGGAGAGUAUGCUGGGCUUGAGCAUGAGGUUGUUCCUGGUGUUGUUGAGAGUCUUAAGGUGAUCACGAAGUUUUGUUCGGAGCGUAUAGCGAAGUAUGCUUUUGAGUAUGCAUACCUGAACAACAGGAAGAAAGUGACGGCUGUGCACAAGGCUAAUAUUAUGAAGCUUGCUGAUGGUUUGUUCUUGGAGUCUUGUCGAGAGGUUGCUAAAAAGUAUCCAGGGAUCACCUACAAUGAGAUUAUUGUUGAUAACUGUUGCAUGCAACUUGUGGCCAAACCUGAGCAAUUCGAUGUCAUGGUAACACCCAAUCUCUAUGGUAAUUUGGUUGCAAACACUGCUGCUGGUAUUGCUGGAGGCACCGGAGUCAUGCCUGGAGGAAACGUUGGGGCUGACCAUGCGGUGUUUGAGCAAGGAGCAUCAGCAGGAAACGUCGGGAAAGACUCGAUAGUGAGGGAAAACAAAGCAAACCCAGUGGCGUUGCUUCUCUCAUCAGCCAUGAUGCUUAGACACCUUCAGUUUCCUUCGUUUGCUGACCGGCUCGAAACAGCAGUGAAGAGAGUGAUCUCUGAAGGAAAGUGCCGGACUAAAGAUCUUGGUGGACAAAGCACUACUCAACAGGUCGUUGACGCUGUCAUUGCGAGGCUGGAGUGACUUGUGACAAAACACUUAAUCCCUCUCCCUCUCACUCUCUGGAUAAAUCAUCAAGUUUCUGCUACAGAUUUUAUGUUGACAAAAAGUAUAUGGUAUAUGAUCCACGGUGUCUGGUUUUGUACCUCUGAGUUUCAUACAUUCUUUUAGACGUAAAUCGUCUGAAAACUUUCAAUCAAAUUUUCCUGUUCCCAAAUAUAAUUCAGCUUGAAUGAAA